GAGACCCGGAAGCGGCGCGGGCUGGCGGCGACGCCGCGGGGAUGGCGGGAGCCGGAGCAGGAGCCGGAGCUCGCGGCGGCGCGGCGGCAGGGGUCGAGGCCCGCGCGCGAGACCCGCCGCCCGCGCCGCGCGCGCCCCCGCGCCCCCGCCGCCCCCUGGCGCAGCCGUCGGGCCGCAGGAUGGACGGGGCGGCCGCGAGCCCGGGCCCGGGGGACAGCGCCCCGACCACCGAGGCCCUGUUCGUGGCCCUGGGCGCGGGCGUGACGGCGCUCAGCCACCCGCUGCUCUAUGUGAAGCUGCUCAUCCAGGUGGGCCACGAGCCAAUGCCCCCCACCAUCGGGACCAACGUGCUGGGGAGGAAGGUCCUGUACCUGCCCAGCUUCUUCACCUACGCCAAGUACAUCGUGCAAGUGGACGGGAAGAUCGGGCUGUUCCGGGGCCUGAGCCCCCGGCUGAUGUCCAACGCCCUCUCCACUGUCACCCGGGGCAGCAUGAAGAAGGUGUUCCCCCCGGACGAGAUGGAGCAGGUUUCCAACAAGGAUGACAUGAGGACCUCACUGAGGAAGGUCGUGAAGGAGACCUCCUAUGAGAUGAUGAUGCAGUGUGUGUCCCGCAUGUUGGCGCACCCCCUGCACGUCAUCUCCAUGCGCUGUAUGGUUCAGUUUGUGGGACGGGAAGCCAAGUACAGUGGCGUGCUGAGCUCCAUCGGGAAGAUUUUCAAAGAGGAGGGGCUGCUGGGAUUCUUUGUAGGCCUAAUCCCACACCUCCUGGGAGAUGUGGUCUUCCUGUGGGGCUGUAACCUGCUCGCCCACUUCAUCAAUGCCUACCUGGUGGACGACAGCGUGAGUGACACCCCAGGGGGGCUGGGGAACGACCAGAAUCCAGGUUCCCAGUUCAGCCAGGCCCUGGCCAUCCGGAGCUACACCAAAUUCGUGAUGGGGAUCGCCGUGAGCAUGCUCACUUACCCCUUCCUGCUGGUCGGCGACCUCAUGGCUGUGAACAACUGCGGGCUGCAGGCCGGGCUUCCCCCCUACUCCCCGGUGUUCAAGUCCUGGAUCCACUGCUGGAAGUACCUGAGUGUGCAGGGCCAGCUGUUCCGAGGCUCCAGCCUGCUGUUCCGCCGGGUGUCCUCGGGAUCCUGCUUUGCCCUGGAAUGACCGAUCACCAUGACACCUGCCGUCAGCCUGCCCCUCGCUGGGUGAGGCCUGAUCAGGCACCUGCAGAAGACUCCGACUCCACCGCACCCAGAUGUGCCCCAGCCCGGCCGGGCUUUGGUUCCCAUAUUUCUAUGUGUCUGUCCAGAUGGGGUGGGUGGGCAUGAGCCCAGUGGGUCGGGGCAUCGGUUAGAUCUGGGGACAGUGGGUGGGGCUAGGGAAUUGGGGUGCCAUCUCUGUACCACCCAGACGGAGGGGCUCAGAGAGGCCCAGGUGGGCUGGGAGAAGGUUCCUGGGCACAUCCACCCCACCCACCCCAUCCCGCCCCCCACCCCCCACCCGUCCGCUCAGCUCCUUCUGCAGCUCGGAGCACUGCCCUCCUGCUUUGUAAAUAGGCCCCCCAGCCGGCCACCGGCUGUCACUAGGCCCCACCUUCGGUCUUCUCAACACUACUUUUCUGCUCCGAAGGCACUUUCGGAAUGGGAACUCAUGGGCCUGCUCGGAUGUGUGUCCCCUCCCCCCAGUGCUUGUCAGUGUCGUGGUGGCCCCUCCUGUGUGCGGCGAGCAUAGGAACAGGCAGACCUGUGUCUCGUCCUCCGCAGUUUCAAAGUUCCCUCAAAUAAAUGUAUUGGUGGUGAUUUGGAACUUGG